UGCUGCAGCUAUCUUGGGCACUGGAGGACGGGGCAGGUGCGAGGAGGCUGGCGCACUUUUAUAUACUGGGUGCUGUCCGGAUUCCUGCCAGUGCCCUUCCUUCUGGUUUCUGUAUUUUGCCGUGCUCCCUUUUGACCCCCUAUUUCUAUCCUCUGCUAUUUAUAAAAACACGCUUCUGUCAUUUCCUCACAUAGUUACUUUGUUGUCAGCCAAGAGGGAUAAGGUUACCAAUGUCUGCAAUCGAAUGGCUGAUGAAGCGGACGUCGUCGACUGACCUGCUUCCUGAUGGAACACAUGUCCACACAACUAACAUUCCUGACCUCCAGAAGAAGGUGUACCUCUGGAUUGGCGUCGUUGAUAUUUUCCUGUUCACGAUCUCAACCCUGCUGUUUGUGUACCGAGGCCGGCGGACACUCGACAUUAACGCCCAUGCAGUGCUUCUGACUAGCAUCGGCUCGUUCACGAUCCUCGUCGUCAAUACGUGCUUUCUGUUCCAGUUUGUGUGGCCAGGCAACUUCCCGUGCUUUCUUAUCUUGUGGUGCGCCUACCCGGGCGUGAUGCUGUGGAUGUCAUGUACGCUGGCGCGCGCCAUGCGGCUGUACAUCCUCAGCUACCGCAACACGCAGAAACUGAAGGAGCGCAACAAGGUUGGCCAGAUGACCGCCGCGCAGCUGUACGGCAAGGGCGCGGUGCAAGACCCGGAGGGCGAACUCAGCGAUGCUGAGAAGGCGCAGGGGUCGUCAAUCGAGAGCAGCAUCCCAAAGUCCUUCUAUCGUCGCCGUACCGAUGCCCUGGGCAAGUGGUGGGCGGCGGAGAAGUCGCAGAUCACCGAGCGCCGUUUGGUGUGGUACGUGCUGUUUGCCACGCUGUUUACAGCAAUCGUCUGCAGCAUUAUUCAGGCGCUGACCAAGGACCUGGCGAUUGUGCCUAUGAUGUACUCAAAGUGCCCGGUUGGCGUGUGGGAGUACUUCCCGCUCUACGCCAUGAUUGCCCUGUACUGUGUCGUGCUGACCCCGGUCCUUGUCUACCACAUCUGGCCCAUCAAGGACGCGGUUUCGGUGGUCCGCGACCCGUUCUGGGACUCGUUCCUGUGGUGUUCCCUGCUCUUCAACCUGUCGCAGAUCACGUCAGUUAUUAUCCCGCUUGUGCGCUCGUACCGCCAGUCCGACGCCUUCACGUGGUCGGACAACCCGGGCCGCACGGCCAGCAAGGAGUUGUUCUACCGCGUGCUGAACCACCCGGAACUGUUCGAGAAGCUGAAGAUCUACAGUGCUGCCAACUUUUGCACAGAGAUCACACUGUUCCUCGAGGAGUACCAGGUGCUCAAGGCCAACGUCGUGCGCUUCUACAACAUUGGCGAGCCCGGGUUCGAUGAUGACGGCGCCAACGACAGUGAGGACGACGAUGACGACGACGAUGACGAUGACGAUGGUCUGGGCCGUGGCGGCGACAUGUCAGCCAGCCGCCCGAACCUGACUGGUGGUGCUGGUUGGACUACAGUGGUCACGCGUGCUAACAAUGAAAGUACCAGCCACGCCAACGCCGCCGACCGCUCUGUCGGUUCCCCUAUGUCGCAGCACUCGGACAUCAACAUCAUCACCCGGCCAAUCCAUUCGGAAAAGGACGCCCUGCGCAGCAACCACGACACGAUAAUCUCUGUCGGCGAUGCGCGCUCGUCGGACGAGGACUACAGCGACCAGGCUGCCAUGGUGCCGUCGCGCAACUCGCGUGCUCUGGUCCGCCCGGAUGUUGCCAGCCAGGGAAUAGUUGGCCGUCUGACCACCGAGACCUCGCGUGGAAUCGUGGCCAUGACCAGCGGAACCGCAGGUGCCAAUGGCAGCGCUGCUGGAUCAGCGUCCUGGGUGGCUUGCUGCGCUCCUUUGGCGGCCGCAAUGCUGCCAGCAGCGGCAACAAUGGCUUUCUCCGAUAUUUCCAACGGAGGCAGCGGCGACAACAUCAAUGGCGACAACAGUGCGACGCUUGCAGGUGGCGGUGCGACCAUCGGCAAGCUGCCAGUGCGUCGCAACAGCCGUGGCGAAGACAUCAUGGUGCUGUCGCAUGUGCCGCCGUUCACGCCCGUCCGCUACACCAUCCUGUCGACGCUGAUGCAGACGCCGGCUGGCCUGGGGCGGCAGGGCAACAUCACCACGUUCAAGACGCUGCCGUUUGCCCUGCGCGGCGACUACUACGGCUUCUACUCGACCUUCAUUGCCGACGGUGCCACCCUGCAGAUCAACGUGGAGGGCCGCAUCUCGGAAGCGAUCACCCGGCUCAUCCACUCGCAGCAGUACACUGUCGACAUGAUGGAUGAGGCCCACUCGGAGGUGCUGCAGCUGCUGUACGACAACAUCUUCAAAAAGUUUGUCAGGAUCUACCACCGCGACAUGGUCGACAUUAUGUGAGCUUGGGCUCCGGCCCAGUUAUAUUCGCACCAUUUUUUCUUUCCCUUUUUAUUUUCUUCACGUUUCCCAAACAAGGCUGACUUUAAUAUUUC